AGGCAUACGCACGAGCAGGGAAGAAAAGAAUAAUCAUUUUAACAUAAAAAUUACACAUACUUUUGCUUGAUUCACCAGUGAGACAAGAAAAUCACUGAAACUUUUCUUCCAAUUAUUCGGAUAGUCUCGACUCAUUAAGUAUAAGAUAAUAGAACCAAUUAAAUUCAUCAAUCGAAUUAUCCCGGAGGGAGGAAAUCAUUGCAAGACAAUCAACACUUUUACUCAGAGGUGAGAACAUUCACAGAACUUGAAAAAAAGUUGAUAAGAAGUGAAUUAGGGAAAAAAACGAGCACAAACGGAGGGAGAAAAGACGUGCGUCAGAAUUUUUUUUCUUCAAUUUUUAUUGAUUUAUGAACGAGUUGGAGCUUAUUGAACAUGUGAUAUAAUAAACAAUUAUAUAUCAACUUAUAAAAUAUAAACAUAUCCACGUAAUUUAGUGGGGGGCCUAGCUAUGAAAAAAGCUCUCUCAUUCUAAAUCUCCUCUUCUUCGUUUCAAUUGGAUUCAAUCGCACAUCUUGGGUUUGUGUGGUUUGAUGGGAAGAUAUUAAAUAAAAAACAGAAGAUAAAACAACGGGAAAAAGUACAGCCCAUGCAGUGACAAUCAUUAUCUCAGUAUCAUCCGUGAAUACCUCAUAUCACAACUACUGCUCGACAAUCCCGCUCAAUUGCGCGUACAAACAACACUGACUUUACUCAUACGAAAAGUUAUACCUAAAUCUUAAUAAUAUCAAUAAUAAUAAUAAUAAUAAUAAUACACAUAAAUAAAUUCGAUGUGUGAAUGUACAACGUCAGAAUCACGAGGUUACAUAAACGAAAUCCUAGAUUUUUCAUCGUACCUACGUCGUUUCAAUUAUUGCGUGCGUCAAAUCAAUCAAUAGGACAAUUCUGUCCAUAAAGUUGAAAAAAAAAAAUUACUAAUCUCAUCUAUAAGUACUGUCAAUGAAAAUACACUGUUAUAAAUUGAUCUGAUCGGCUGCUCUGAUGAUCGAUGAAAUUUGAAUGACAUCAACAAAAGAGUAGCAAUUGAGGGACACAAAAACAAUUAUAAAAAAUAAAACCACUGAACAACCAACGAGAGUGGUGAAGCAAGGACUGCAAAAGAGAAAGGAAGAAAGCUCUGAGACAGGGAGGGGAAGGAGUAGUUUGAUGCGAGAAUUUUAUACCGAAGGUGAAAAAGAAGAAUAGUAGGACAAGGCAAACAGCCUGACAAGGAGACUGAGCUUGGAGAAAGAGAGAAGGUGAGCAUAACAUCAAACUGUGGCGGCCAGCGAAAAGUGGAUCUCCAGAAACUGACGUAACGAAUAAAACAGUGGGUAAUGAUUGAAUUGAUAAAUUGAAUAACACUCCACUACGACAAUUUGAAAUUCGCACAAUUGGGAUCAGUUAUCCCACCUGAAAUAACGUGCAUUGGAUCGUUGUAUUGAAUCAUUGAGAUUAUCAGGAAAAAUAGUCUUGUAUCGGUGUUGAGUAUCACCAAAGACGAAGAGUUGAAAGCUGCUGAAGUAGUCCCUCACACAAUCACCACGUAUUUUCAUUCGUAUUCGUUUGUGCCGGGAGGUGUGGUACCCCUGCCACCGGCACUGCACACAGCAAAUCCCGGUUUCACCAGUCAUCAUUUAUUUGGCCAGCAGGGCUGUAGUUUAGCCUGCACCUGCACGUGUACCUGCACAGCAAGCAUCGUAUCAGCGGCUGCUGCUGCUGCUGUACAUCAUCCACAGUCGCAUCAUCAUCCACGCACCCUAGGCUCACACACAUCAGCAACAGUCUUACUCCAACCACUGGAGCACGUUAAGGACGCUAUGCGAGGAAGCGAUGAACUUUUGUCGCAGAGCGGUGCAGUAAACAAUGGUGCUUCAAUGAGCCCCCAGCCGCAUCACACUGCUGACAACAACAAUGACGCCAAAAAGGUGAAAUUGGAUAAAAGUCACAAUGGUAAACCCUCCAAAGUGGUCCACAUUCGAAAUAUCGCCAGUGAUGUCCUGGAGUCGGAAAUCAUUCAUCUAGGCAUGCCCUUUGGAAGAGUGACCAAUGUUCUCGUGCUGAAAGGAAAAAAUCAGGCGUUCCUUGAAAUGGUUGAUGAGAAUGCUGCUACAACGAUGGUUGGAUACUAUGCAGCAAGUGGUGCAUCACUCAGGGGUCGUGCUGUUUACGUGCAAUUCAGCAAUCAUCGAGAGCUGAAAACUGAUCAGGCCCACAGCAACGCGGUCAGUAGCCCAACCACAAACAUCAUCGCCACUGUCAACAACACCAACACACAAGUGGCAUUGCAAGCAGCCCAAGGACAAACUGUGCAGAGCUCAGUAGAUACCCAGGGUGGCCCGAAUACUGUUCUAAGAGUCAUCGUAGAGCACAUGAUCUAUCCGAUUUCUCUGGAUAUUCUUUAUCAGAUAUUUACUCGCUUUGGAAAAGUCUUGAAAAUAGUAACAUUCACGAAAAAUAGUACGUUUCAAGCACUCAUACAGUAUUCGGACACAAUGUCUGCGCAGACUGCUAAAUUGUCACUCGAUGGACAGAACAUUUACAAUUCCUGCUGUACCCUUCGCAUAGACUUCAGCAAGAUGCAGAGUCUCAAUGUCAAAUACAACAAUGAUAAAUCACGUGAUUAUACAAAUCCAACUCUUCCUACUGGUGAUCCUAAUUUGGAUGCAGCAUCGCUGGCACUCGGUGGUGAACUUCUCCCCCAAUUGCUACUUGGUGCAGCGGGCUCACAGCCGAGAGCACGUUUACCUGAUUCCCUUACAGGAGGGCCAAGUGUACUUGCAUCUCCAUUUGCUGCGAUGCAUGGAUUACCAUCGCCUCUUGGUGGACCUUAUGGAAAUGGUGUGGCAGCAGGCGGCGGUAUCGCUGGACUUGGUGGAUUUAGCCUGGGUGCGGGUUCACUUGGAGUCAGGGUUCCUGGUAGCCCUCAAAUUUCAGCUGUGCUAUUGGUCACCAAUUUGAAUGAAGAGAUGGUCACGCCUGACGCUCUCUUUACCCUGUUUGGCGUGUAUGGCGAUGUACAACGUGUGAAGAUUCUGUAUAACAAAAAAGACUCUGCCCUCAUCCAAAUGGCCGAACCCCAGCAGGCGCAUUUAGCUAUGACUCACAUGGAUAAGCUUCGAGUGUUUGGAAAACAAAUCCGGGUUAUGAUCAGCAAGCAUCAAACUGUUCAGCUACCGAAAGAGGGUCAACCUGAUGCAGGUCUUACCAAAGACUACACAAACAGUCCUCUUCACCGAUUCAAGAAGCCUGGCUCGAAGAAUUAUCAAAAUAUAUAUCCACCAAGUGGUACUUUGCAUUUAUCCAACAUUCCAGCAACGGUCACUGAGGAGGAGAUCAAAGAUGCAUUUACCCAGAAUGGAUUUACAGUGAAGGCAUUUAAAUUCUUCCCGAAAGACAGAAAAAUGGCACUCAUCCAAAUGCCAAACAUGGACGAAGCUGUUACAGCGUUAAUUAAAAUGCACAAUUAUCAAUUGAGCGAGUCAAAUCAUCUACGUGUAUCCUUCUCGAAGAGCAACAUCUAACAAGAUAAGUCAAGUCAUCAUCAACCCUUUGAGUCACAGUGGUUUCAGCCGUUCACCCUUGUCCACUACUGGUAUUCCAGUGCCCUAUACGACUGAUUGUCCUACAGAUUAAGCAUAUAAUUAUGUAUUGAUUCAUCAAUAUUUUUAACAUUGUAACUGAAGCCUUGUGGCCGUCGAAAGCCGUGUCUAUGGAACAUGGUUCAGCAAAAAAAAAGUUAUUUUCAUCCUAUCCGUCGCUGUUUUGUCACAUUCCGAUGUUAAAAAUUAUUUCUGCAUUCGUCAACUCUACGUAUCCAAUUUAUUUGGCUUUCGACGUUUGAAAGCUUCACAUGGCAAAGGAAAAAUCACUACUAGGCAGAAAGAAUAUUGAAAAAAAGUCAUGAAAAAAAAACAACAAAAAAAAACAAAAAAUAAAAAAACAAAAACAGUUUGCAAGAUGCAGAGUUGACAGAAAUAUGGAUUAAUUCUUGUAGAGGGUUAACAUUUCGAUGAUUAAAACGACUACGCGUAUUCUUCUAGGAUUUAUCACAAGGUUGCUAUAGCGCCCUAAAUGCAGUUGCUGGUGAUUAUUAUUAAUAAUAAUUAUUAUCAUUAUUAUUAUCAUCAUCAUAAUUAUUAUUAAGAAUUUUUAAUAUUAAGUAAUAUUGACGAUGAGCAAACUGAUGAAAAGAGAAUUCAAUCGCAUCUCAAUAUAAAAAAAAUAUCAUUUUCACUUUGCUAUAGUUUAGAUGUAAACGCGAAGUGGAAAUGAUUAAUGAUAAGAAUGAUCUAAAGCCAAUUCUUAAACGGGACCCUUAAAAUUUUUUGGAGGUGCUGAAGAAAAAAGAACAUUUACCCAUUUGAAUCCAAUUUAUUCAUCUCUUUCAACUGCUAUUCAAGGAUUAAUGGAUAAUCUAAUGUUCUCCUGGUCGAUCAUUGAUAACCAAAUCUUUAAGGAGACAUCAAAUUAAUAAGAAAAGGCAAAACAAAAAAAAAAUGCAAGACAAUCGUGUCGAUAUUCUUUUAAUGCAUAAAAUUUGGCACAAAUUGUACAAAUGAGUCCCUCAAAUUUGAUUCUUCGUCCUGUGCUUCUUUCUCUCUUUUAGUUGUAGGUGAUUUUUAAGAAUAUUUUCUGUGAAUAUUCUUAUGUAAGUAGAUAUAUACGGUCUGCACUUUAAAAUUACCGUAGCUUCUGCCCUUCUCUUUUAUCACGAUCGCCGUUGUAUCGUUCUUCCCAACCCUUUUUCUUGUCUUUGUGCAUUGCCAGUUUUUAAGAGUUUUAUAUUUACACUUUACUUUUUUUAUCAUUACAUUUUUAAGGAGUGACCGAAAACAUAUCGUCGCGUUUGAAUUUUCAAAUUCGUCGGAUAUAUGAAUGGAACAGAGUUCGAGUUCUUAUUUAUCAAAAAAAGAAAAGACAAAAAGAAUAUAAAGGAAUAAUUGUGGGUUGAGGGAUAAACUGUUUAAAUAUACCAAACAUGGCCGUGAGGAUAUAAUGAAAAAAUUGUCUUCCACCAUCAGCUGAACACACAAUCAUAAUCCUUUAAUUUCACAUGAUAUAUAGUUAGCGAUAAAUAAUUAUUCCAAAUACCCUUCCCAAUUUUACAAUUAGUUGAGUAUGUAACAUUGAUCAGGGAUGAUGCACGUUUAAGGAGUGAGAAAGCGAGAAAAAUAUUUAAAGAAAAGAGAAAAAACACAAGUAAAUGUGAUUAUUUUGACGAAUACUUAUAUUUUGAUCACAAAAUGUCCAAUGCCAUUUCGAUAAGAACAGCAAUCAUUAUACCUGGUAGGAGGGAAAACUCAUAAAACAGCGCUGCAAAUCUAGCUACUUAUUAUUUAUUCUCAUAAACUGGCCUAGCUACACAUUCUUUAACAAAAUAAACAAAUUACAAAAUGGUGCGAUUAGUAACAUUGUAGAAUAAUGAACAACCUUCGACGUUAUUCGACAAGGCUUAGAUGUGGACUCUGAUAGCCAGGAGUAAACCUAUAAAUUUAGAGACAAAAAAAUAAUAAAAAAUUAAAAAAAGAUAGAAUGAGAGAGAACAUGCAAGUCUUUUUUUGCGACAAUCGACGAGAGUUUGGGUCAACUCAUUGACGAAGAAAAAGAAAUAAAGUUAACAAAAACACAAAUAAGAGGAACUAUAUAUACAAAUAUACAUAGCUACAUUUCGUCUAAUAGACAUGACGUUCUGUUGGAGUCAAUUAACAUUUCAAUGGUACUGUAAUUACGGGAUACAACAGCGUGAAUCCAGUGUAAAUGAAGUGUGAGCGCGAUUAUUUGCGUGCAUGAUUUUGAAAAAAAACGUACAUCAUGAAGAAAAAUUUAUUGAAACAGAAUACUAUCAUAAGCGAGUGCCGGCACAAGUAGUGGUUUAUGUGCCAAACUAGGCUUAUAAUUCGAUUGAGAAAUAACAAGAGAUAACAUGGAAAUGCCUUGGUAAUGAAUUUCCUAAUGUUGGACAUUAUAUAUUUGUGUAUCGACCAAAAAUCACGAUAGCUGAGAGGAUAAAAAGAAAUAUGAUAAUGCAUCUUACAGUAGCCGGCAUGAGCGAAGGGGCCAGUCUUUGAAUUCAUGAUCUGUGUGUUUAGAAUCUCCAAUUAAUUGAAAAUAUGAAAGCGAAACGUAGUUAUAAAGUAAUAUUCCUUAAAAGUGUAGCAUUAAAUGAGACGAACUUGAGCCGUUUAUUAAGCACUCAUAUGAAAUGAAGAGGAAGAGAUGUAGAGGUAAUGAAAUUUGGAGCUGAAUUAGUAAUGAGGACAAAGCGAGUAUUCACACACGCACACUCACGAAAAUGCAUCUAUUUCUAGUAUUAUUACUUCCAGCGGUAUAUUAUCGAUAAUCUUUUCCAACUUUAUCUGUGUACGUUGAAUUUUUGUUCUCAAUUAUUAAUAGCUGAAUUUAUGUAUCCCGAAAUCGGUGAUAAUUUUUUAUUCCUGCAUUUUAUUAUUAUUAUUAAUAUUAUUAUUAUAUAAUCAAUUAUUUUAUGAUUAUUGCCGUAACUACUAUUUUCGGUGCUUCCUUAUACAACAAAAAAUUAAAAGAUAAAAAUUAUGAUUCUGAUUUUUUAAA